GUGACCUUUAUAUUCCGUGUAGGAUGCUAUGAUUAAGAAGAGACAGCUACCGUGAUCCAUCUGAACCAACAGAUUUUCAUCAGCAAUUGCCAACUGUAAAUCAUGGUGGAGAUUCUUAAAGACAUGAAUGAAUUUAAAACAUUUUUGCAAGCUGCUGGACACAAACUCGUGGUGGUUGAAUUUUCAGCAAAAUGGUGUGGUCCCUGCCAAAGGAUGUAUCCUAUUUUUCAUGCAAUGUCUCUGCAAUACCAAAAUGUGUUUUUCGCUAAUGUGGAUGUAGAUGCUUCUCCGGAUUUGGCUGAAAGUUGUCACAUCAGAGCAAUACCCACAUUUCAGAUGUUCAAAAAAAAAGAGAAGGUAAACCUAUUCUCAAGAAUCAAAAGAAUAAUUUGCUGUUAUAGAAGUGGAUUCGUGGUCAAGCAGAUUUAUGAAUUUUGUGGAGCUGAUGGUAAAAAGUUGGAAGAGAAGAUUAAACAACUAAUCAGAUAUUACAGCGUUCUCUUGGUCUCUGGCCUCAAGCUUUACUGGUUGAAUACCAUAUUGCAAUCUCACUGCAAAAUUGCUUAAAAUUGUUGCGAUAUUGGAGAUGGCGCCAUUUCCAUUCUCCAACUUGCUGCUUUCACUUGCUCUGAGCACAUUCCUUAAGCAAUGAUUUUAUGACCUUCACAACAGAGGCCCUGCACAGCUAAGUAACAACAGAUCGUCAAGGUUUUCCAGAGAUUGCCAAAGAUGCAAUUCUUCAGUGAUCAAGGAACAAAUAAAUGUCUUUGCCCUGGUAUACUCCAAAUAUGUGGAUAUCCCCCGAUUCAGCCAUUGUUUGUGAUACAAAAUUCUUCUCCAAUGCAUCACCUUGUAUUUGAACUGUGUCAUUUGCCUUUCCCACAUUGCCUUCCUAAAAUUCUAUAAAUAACACACACACACACACACACACACACACCCCAGAAAGUCCUUUAACUACUUAUAUUUAAAAAAACAACAACAACAAAAACAACAACAAAAAGAACAAAAAUGAGAUAUUGCAGACAUUUAGAGCCCAGAGAAGGUGGCUGUUGCUCAUACUAACUGUGCCCAUCAUGGGGCUGCCACCAGAUCAAUGCUAGAGUCUUAAGUCACAGAUAGAGUGGAGCCAGCUUUCCCUGGCCAUUAAUGACUGAGAUUUUCAUAAAGCAUAGAACCUAUAUGCUUUGUUAAAAUCCUUUGGGCUAUAAAGUAGAGGAAACCAGCACACGGCUAGCGUAAGCAAAAAGGCACAUCUAUUAUUCAUUCAACAAAUAUUGAACACCUACUCUGUGCCAAACACUGUUAUAGGCACUUAAAAUAAAAUUUGAUUCAUAGAACCCAAAGGCAGAGAUAUCAUCAGCUUUCACAUGAGAUUAGAAGCAGAAAGAGGAGGGUCAUGGGGAACCCAGGAUAUUUUGGGGCCAUUUCUGUCCUCUGCUUUUCAUCUAAAUCAUCUAAAUCUUUUCAUCUAAAUCUUUCUGUUGGUACAAAUAGGUGUUUUUAAUUUUCCAGUCUUUGUGCUGAAAAGUAGUCCCUGCCAAUAACUCCCAAGCAUACAUUGUCUUUUCCAUUCAAGAGACCAGCCAGACUAUUCCUUCAUGAAAAAUGCUAAGCAAGGGACAGGAUCACAAUGUAAAAGCCAUUUUGUUCGUAUUAAAAGAGUGAAGGUCGGGCUGGCCAGAAUCUCAGAAAAGCAAGAGGCUGGAUAGACUUAAAAUACUAUGUCCCCUGAAAAAAUAAACUUUUAAAAUAAAGAAACUAUUUAAAGCAAAAA